CCUGCCGCUGACACUACUGAGCUAGCUAGCCCUCACUGCGUUAGAGCCCGGGUUCGGAGGGAUCAUGGCGGGUCUGGAGGUGUUGUUCACCUGUGUCUCCGGCGGCAUCAGCUGCCCUCAGGACGCGGCGGUGUGCUUCGUCCACUGGGAGAUGAUCCGGAGCGGCCUGCGCUGCGUGGGCUCCGGGGACGUGCCCCUCAGCACUGAUAAGAAGUCCGAGCUGCUUCCUGUCGGCUGGAGCAGCAACAAGGAGUUGUACAGUCUGAGAUAUCAAGGCAGCGACAGCGACACACAACUGUUGCUCAAAGCCAUCACUGUCGACUCCAGCUUGAUCUUCAACCUGAUGAACUCCAGCACGCAGAGUGUGUCCGACCUCACGGUGAACGUCAGCGAUCACGUGGAUGCUGACCAGCUGCACACGUUUGACAGUGUCUACAAAGACUUAGACAGUCUGUCAGAGAAGCUGAGGACUCAGCUGCUGCCAGCUCAGGACAGAGCGACGGGACAGAGGACAGAGAGGAGGAGCCGGAGGGAGGAAGAGGAGGACAGAAGAAGAAGGAGCGAACCCCUCCACAUGCCAAGCAGGCGACCGCCCCCGGCACCACAGCCGCACUGGCCUGACCCCAUGGGUCCUCCCUUCGGUGUUGGAGGAGGAGCCGAUCUGGAUCCUUUUGGGACUCAUGGCCGUGGCGGGAUGAUAUUCGACCCGUUGAGGUCGGGGUAUCCUCGCUCUGGUUUUGACCCGAUACCGGACAUCCUGCCUCCCGGGUUCCAUCCCCCAAGAGCUCGCUACCUCCCGGUUGGACCACUCGGACGAGGCAUAUCAGGGCCGGACCCGGACCACUUGCCUCCUCCUGGUUAUGACGACAUGUUCAUGUAGCAGCAGCUUCCUGCUCCUCUUCUCUCCUCCGGGGUUUGAGAAGAAACCUUUUCCUUCUUGUUUUGGGAUGCGUUCAUUUCAUAGAACUAAUGUGUUUAGAGCUCGCGUGGAAGAACGCCGAAGAUCCGUGUUCAAUAAUAACACAAGCGAUCAUAAUUGUUUUUUUGUCUUGAGACAUAUUUUGAAACAGAGAAAACAUGUUAAUUAUCAGAGCGGGAAGGAAGUGAUUCCUCACCUACUCAGUCCUUCAGAGUAAAACCUCCUCAGCGUCUAACGUUAGAUCCUCAUCACAAUAAACCACAUCUCAUAUUUGUAAUUUAUCCAUGAGGACGUUUUCUCGAGCUUGUGUUUUGCAAACUUGUUAGAAAAGAUUGAAACUUGUUUUUUUCAGUUUGGAUUGUUGUUCAUUUAAAAACAAGGAUGAUGAGAGAUGUCAAAAUAAAAAUCUCAGACUUUA